AUGUCUCAAAGGAUUGCAGAAAUUGUUUCCAAGAUUGCAUUACCCGCUGGUGUAGCAUUUGCAAUUGCACAAUCGUCGAUGUACGACGUUGCAGGAGGAAGAAAGGCUGUCUUGUUUGACCGUUUGCAAGGUGUGGAGCAAAGAGUCAUUGGCGAAGGUACACAUUUCCUUAUACCAUGGUUGCAGAAAGCAAUCAUCUUUGAUGUGCGGAUCAAACCUAAAGUCAUCACCACAACCACCGGGUCAAAAGAUUUGCAAAAUGUCUCCAUCACUUUACGUGUCUUGACAAGACCUGAUAUCAACAAAUUACCUACUAUUUACCAAACCUUGGGCUUGGAUUACGACGAAAGGGUCCUUCCUGCUAUUGGUAAUGAAAUUUUGAAAGCUAUUGUUGCACAAUUCGAUGCUGCAGAAUUGAUCACGCAAAGAGAAGUCGUUUCGGCUAGAAUCAGACAGGAGUUGGCGAGAAGAGCCAACGAAUUCCAUAUCGAAUUGGAAGAUGUUUCAAUUACCCAUAUGACAUUUGGCCGAGAAUUCACCAAGGCAGUGGAGCAGAAACAAAUUGCACAACAAGAUGCAGAGAGAUCGAAGUACUUGGUUGAAAAGGCGGAACAAGAGAAAAAGGCAAGUAUUAUUAGAGCAGAAGGUGAAGCAGAGUCGGCAGAUGUUGUGUCCAAGGCGUUGGCCAAGGCAGGCGACGGGUUGCUUAUGAUUAGAAGACUCGAAGCUUCGAAAGAUAUCGCUACAACUUUGGCAGGAUCUCCAAAUGUGACAUACUUGCCAAGCAAUGGAACAGGUGCUGGUGGUUCUGAGGGUGCUUCGGCCUCAAACUCCCUUUUGCUCAAUUUAGGUCGUUAA